GCCGCCAUCUUUACCAACAGUGUUUAUUCGGCGAGCUGGGCGUGACCGCUUGUGCGAAAAGCCUGUCACACUUGGCAUGGGACAUGAACACUGCAACCACGAGGGUCCUGUUACUGCCUGAUUGGUUGUCAUUUUACUCUGUGCCUUGCACCUGUCUCUGUACAUUUAGCUGUUCGAACAGUACCAGUGGGGUGUGGGCACCAUACAGUGGAUCUGAAUUUGAAAGUGAGACUUGAUCGGAUGGAGAGUGAGGCACUCGAGAGAAAGUCUGCUCAACCCUCGUCUGUUCAAGACCUUCCGAUCUCCGAGAAACCGACUAAAGAGUCCAAUGGGGAAACCAAGAAAGUGCCCAAAAGUACAGCUGUGAAGAAAAAGGUGGAGCCCAAAAGCAUGGGUCCGUCGAGAGAUGAUGACGCCCCUCCGUGGAAUGGAAUCACUCUUAACAAAUGUCUCGCUGUUGCCGCUGCCCUUGCCCUUCUGAGUGUAGGAUUCCAGGUCCUGCAAGGUGGGAGUAAACAAUUGGUUCUGCACCUUCAGUAUAAGAUUCUGCAGUGUAUUUCUCGGUGUUGUAAUGUCACAUCUGUUCGACUCCAGUCGAGGGCUCCUCUAACACUGAAGGUACCAGAUACAGAAAGACCCAGUGAAUGUAGGCCUAUCAUUGCUCUGAUGCCUGCAGAGACACCACAAACAAAUGCUGUAGACACAGAUGAUGAUUUACCUGACUUUGAAGCUGGACCCUUGACUUUAAAUGACACUACGGACCAGCUGCCGGAGCCUUGGUUUUUUGAAGGUUGGUUUGGUUCAACAAAAACAGAAAAGACGGAUUUGUCUGAAUUACAUGAAAUACCAGAAGACGUUGAAGAGCCUGAAGAAGAAAUCGAAGAAACUCUAGAAGAAGAAGUUGAAGAGGAAGCUGAAGAACCUGUAGAAGAAAUCGAAGAACUUGAGGAAGCUGAAGAACCUGCAGAAGAAGUCGAAGAAGAACCUGAAGAAAUUUUAGAAGAAGAAGAUGAAGAGGAAACUGAAGAACCUGAAGAAGAAGUCAUGGAAGAAACUGAAGAAAUUGUUGCAAUAAAAGAUUCACAAGAAGUAAGCCAGCACCAGCAAAGUGACAAAUGGGGACUUAAGGCCAAACACAAGUACAUGCAAACAAAGGCAUCAAAAAUCCGCAGGGUUUCUGAUGAAGGGCCUCAAAAGAGAGGGAUCUUCCCUUUUGGAAGAAAUACCAAAGAGUCAACCAAAAUCCCACGAGAGUUCAAGGAAAAACCUUACAAAGAAAAGGAUCACAGGCAAAAGGACAAAGAAAGGAGACACGAACAUACACAGAAAAAGGAAGGGGGGAAGUCAUACAAGAAAGGAAGAGAGGAGGAAAAUAAAUAUUUCAAAGGGAGACAUGACGAGAAGGAAGGCAAGAGGUUUCACGAGCACAAGAAAUUGCAUAGUGACAGACAUCAUGGCUAAAAGACUUUGUACAUUUGAAUGGCACUAUAUAAGUAGCAUUACCUAAAGAGUACAGAUAGACUACAAUGCUUGACUACCGCUUACUUAGAAUAUCAUAGUACACAAUCUCUUGUGGUGCCAUGUGCCUUAAAGGUGGAAUCUGAAAUAAAAACAAAAUACCUGCUUACCAAAGUUUAUUAAUAAUCUUAGCAAAAGCUUACUGUACCUAAUUUCUUCCUCAUUUUUCCUUUAAAGGAUUUUUCUUCAUAGCUUAA